CCCCCAAAGAACAGCUGGGGGCCGUACCCACAAUGCCGUGCGGCGCUGCCCGCUCCGCUCCGUCAUGGAGGCAGCGGCAGCCGCCGCAGCUGGCACAGCUGGAGCAGCCCCGGCGCUGGCCGCCUUCCCCCGGGCGCGCUGAGCCCCCCGCACCCCUCGGGCUCCAGCAUGAGCGGAGGCGGCUCCUCCGCACCCGGCCGCUUCGCCGACUACUUCGUGAUCUGCGGGCUGGACACCGAGACCGGGCUGGAGCCGGACGAGCUCUCGGCACUAUGCCAGUAUAUACAGGCCUCUAAAACCCGAGAUGGUGCCGGCUGUUUCAUUGCAAGUUCAGUAGAAGGUGAAAAUUUUGAACAGACUCCAUUAAGACGCACGUUUAAGUCUAAAGUUCUUGCUCGUUAUCCUGAGAAUGUAGAAUGGAAUCCUUUUGACCAGGAUGCAGUGGGAAUGCUGUGUAUGCCUAAAGGGCUUGCUUUCAAGACCCAAGCCGAUUCCAGAGACCCUCAGUUCCAUUCGUUUAUAAUCACCCGUGAAGAUGGCUCACGGACAUUUGGGUUUUCUCUCACAUUUUAUGAGGAAGUUACCAGCAAGCAAAUCUGUAGUGCAAUGCAGACAUUAUAUCAUAUGCACAAUGCUGAAUAUGACAUUCUGCAUAUUCCACCCACAAAUGACAAAGAAAGCUGUAGCAGCAUAGAAGACUGUAAUGGAACUUCUGUAUCAAAGCUACAGCGUUUUAACUCGUAUGAUAUUAGCAGAGACACACUGUAUGUCUCUAAGUGCAUUUGUCUGAUUACCCCAAUGUCUUUCAUGAAGGCUUGUAAGAAAGUACUAGAGCAACUUCACCAAGCUGUAACUUCUCCUCAGCCACCACCGUUACCUUUGGAAAGUUAUAUCUACAAUAUUCUCUAUGAGGUUCCUCUUCCUCCAGCAGGGAGAUCCUUAAAAUUUUCAGGUGUUUAUGGACCAAUUAUCUGCCAGAGACCAAGCACCAGUGAACUGCCAUUAUUUGACUUUCCAGUUAAAGAAGUUUUUGAAUUACUUGGAGUGGAAAAUGUGGUUCAGCUCUUUACUUGUGCUCUUCUGGAAUUUCAGAUACUGCUUUAUUCACAGCAUUACCAGAGAUUGAUGACUGUGGCAGAGACCAUCACAGCACUAAUGUUUCCAUUCCAGUGGCAGCACGUAUAUGUUCCCAUCCUGCCAGCCUCUCUCCUUCAUUUCCUAGAUGCUCCUGUCCCUUAUUUGAUGGGCUUGCACUCCAAUGGACUGGAUGACAGGUCUAAGCUGGAAUUGCCUCAAGAGGCUAACCUGUGCUUUGUGGAUGUAGACAACCAUUUCAUUGAGCUUCCAGAGGAUUUGCCCCAAUUCCCGAAUAAACUCGAAUUCAUUCAGGAAAUCUCUGAGAUCCUAAUGGCAUUUGGAAUUCCACCUGAGGGAAACCUGCACUGUAAUGAAAGCGCCUCAAAGAUGAAAAACCUCCGAGCAUGUGACAUAGUUUCUGAUAAAAGAAAUGGGAACAUAGCAGGAUCACCUUUAAAUUCAUAUGAACUGCUAAAGGAAAAUGAGACCAUAGCAAGGCUUCAAGCACUUGUUAAAAGAACAGGUGUGAGCCUAGAAAAGCUGGAAGUGCGAGAGGAAACCAGUAGCAACAAGGAUCUCAAAGUUCAAUGCGGCGAAGAAGAGUUCCGGGUUUACCAGCUGAACAUUCAAAUCCGAGAAGUUUUUGCCAACCGUUUUACGCAGAUGUUCGCAGACUAUGAAGUAUUUGUCAUUCAGCCGAGUCAGGACAAGGAGUCUUGGUUUACCAAUAGGGAGCAGAUGCAGAACUUUGAUAAAGCAUCUUUCUUGUCAGACCAGCCUGAACCUUACUUGCCUUUUCUCUCAAGAUUUCUGGAAACACAGAUGUUUGCAUCUUUUAUCGACAAUAAGAUUAUGUGCCAUGACGAAGAUGAGAAAGACCCAGUUUUGAGAGUGUUCGAUUCUAGAGUAGAUAAAAUUAGACUGUUAAAUGUUAGGACACCAACUCUGCGCACAUCUAUGUAUCAAAAGUGCACUACCAUUGAUGAGGCAGAGAAAGCUAUUGAAUUAAGGCUUGUAAAAAUAGAUCACACUGCGGUCCACCCACACUUAUUAGAUAUGAAGAUUGGACAAGGGAAGUAUGAACUUGGGUUUUUCCCCAAGCUUCAGUCUGACGUACUCUCCAUAGGACCAGCAAGCAACAAAUGGACAAAGAGAAACGCACCUGCGCAGUGGAGGCGGAAAGACAGACAAAAACAACACACAGAGCACCUGCGUCUUGACAAUGAUCAGAGAGAGCAUCUGGAUUUUUCCUUGCCAGAGCUUCAUUUGCAAUCAUAUUUAGACUGGGACCAGCAUGAUUGGCCUUUCAGACCCUCUAUAAAAUCUGUGUCAGAGCUUUACCUGAAGUAUAUCCAAGAAGCCAGGAAUCUGGGCAGCACCAUUCGUCAGCCUAAGCUGUCUAACCUCUCUCCAUCGGUAAUUGCACAAACAAACUGGAAAUUUGUUGAAGGCUUACUGAAGGAAUGCCGAAAUAAGACCAAGAGGAUGCUGGUUGAAAAAAUGGGCCGAGAAGCCGUGGAACUAGGUCAUGGUGAGGUGAACAUCACAGGUGUGGAAGAGAAUACUUUAAUAGCCAGUCUUUGUGAUCUCUUAGAAAGGAUAUGGAGUCAUGGUUUACAGGUCAAACAGGAUAGAAGCUGUACUACUUUCAUCCUAGAAGACAGAGUAUCAGUAUACUCUGCUUCAACUCAGAUUUGGGCCUUUCAGACAACCAGGCGGCCAACCCCACAUAAGGGAAAAUCUGCUUUGUGGUCUCACUUAUUACAUUUCCAAGAAAAUAGACAGAGAAAGCCCACGUCAGGUAGCUUCAGUACCUCAGGAGUACUUCUCGAUUCAGAAAGGAGGAAGUCAGAUGCCAGCCCAGCCAUGUCGCCGCUGAGAAUCUCUCUCAUUCAGGAUAUGAGGCAUAUCCAGAAUAUUGGUGAGAUCAAAACAGACGUUGGCAAGGCAAGGGCAUGGGUUCGACUGUCCAUGGAAAAGAAGUUACUCUCCAGGCAUCUAAAGCAGCUUCUUUCAGAUCUUGAACUUACAAAAAAACUCUACAAGCGUUAUGCCUUUCUCCGCUGUGAUGAUGAGAAAGAACAGUUCCUCUAUCAUCUCCUGUCAUUUAAUGCUGUCGAUUACUUUUGCUUUACCAAUGUUUUCACAACAAUCUUGAUCCCAUACCAUAUAUUGAUUGUUCCUAGCAAGAAACUUGGUGGCUCAAUGUUCACUGCCAACCCUUGGAUUUGUAUCUCAGGAGAGUUGAGUGAAACUGGAGUCCUACAGAUUCCCAGGAAUAUAUUGGAGAUGACAUUUGAGUGCCAGAACCUGGGAAAGCUUACCACAGUACAAAUAGGACAUGAUAAUUCAGGCCUGUACGCCAAGUGGCUAGUGGAAUAUGUUAUGGUCAGAAACGAAAUAACAGGGCAUACUUACAAGUUUCCAUGUGGGAGGUGGCUUGGAAAGGGGAUGGAUGACGGCAGUUUAGAGAGGAUCCUGGUGGGAGAGUUACUAACGUCACAUACCGAGGCAGAUGAAAGGCAGUGCAGAACCCCACCACUGCAGCAGUCACCAAGUAUGAUCAGAAGAUUUGUCACAAUAUCGCCAAAUAACAAACCAAAGUUAAACACAGGUCAAAUACAGGAAGCUAUUGGUGAAGCAGUGAAUGGCAUUGUCAAGCAUUUCCACAAACCGGAAAAGGAGAGAGGCAGUCUCACUCUGUUGCUGUGUGGAGAAAGUGGACUCGUUUCAGCUCUUGAGCAGGUGUUUCAGCAUGGAUUUAAAUCACCCAGGCUCUUCAAAAAUGUCUUUAUUUGGGACUUUCUAGAAAAAGCACAAACACAUUAUGAGACCCUUGAUCAGAAUGAAAUAGUCCCAGAGGAGAACUGGCAGACUAGAGCCAGGAGUUUUUGUCGCUUUGUCACUGCUAUCAACAACACUCCUAGAAACAUUGGAAAGGAUGGCAAGUUUCAGAUGCUGGUGUGCCUUGGAGCCAGAGACCACCUCUUACACCAUUGGAUCGCCUUGCUUGCAGAUUGUCCAAUCACAGCACAGAUGUAUGAGGAUAUAGCAUUGAUUAAGGAUCAUACCCUUGUUAAUUCCCUGAUUCGAGUGUUGCAGACCUUACAGGAGUUCAACAUUACACUGGAGGCUUCCCUCGUCAAAGGAAUAGACAUAUGAUCUGUCUCAUCGCAACAAGGAACAAAUGUUAUUAGUAUGCAAAGGUUCUUUCUGCUAAUACGUCAUAUUGCGAACUUGUUUGUGGCCACAAAACACAACUUUGACUUUUCUUGAAGAAAACUCAAAAAAUAGUGCAGAAAAAUGGACAGAAGCUGUAAACUCAAUGUUAAAAGGAGAAAAAAAAAGGAGGAUUUUUGGUAUAAAUCUAUUUUAGAGUUUAUUUGCUGAUUUGCUUUUUACACACUUUCAUGUGAGAGAGAGAGAGAGAUGACUAUUUGUGCAGCUUAUUUUAAAGCUGCAGUAUUUCCUUGCCAUAGAUAGUGUGCAGUGAGCCUUUCAGCAUUCUCUGAAUUUGCCUUCAGAUGUGCUGUAUGUUGUAAGCCCUAAUGUAUACACUCCAUUUCUGCAAAGAAGGUCAUUCUAGAGUUUUUAAACUAAUAUUUUAUAUAUUAACAUUAUUACCAAUGUUUUAUUUUUUUCUUUAAACUAAACUGGGUCACUGCUGUGCUGCAAGGGAAACGACAAAUUCUGGUGUGAGCUUUUUUUAAUAGCCUCAGAGCACUGAUUUGUCAGCAAAUCACUUUUCUUUAUUUUUGUUGUCAGUAUUACAUUUAGUGGGUUUCAGGAGAUAGAACCAUGCAAAUGGACAGAGAUGAAAGUAAUAUUUUUCAUAUUGGUACAUAAUUGCACAGAAGAAACUGUAAGUGUGUUGUAUUUUUAACUGAUGUUUUUAUUUAUUUAUCCUAUCAUUGUGUGUUUGUAAGAUUUUGUUUUUUAAAAAACCUUAUACAGUAUAACUGGCUAUAUUAUAUUUGCAAUUCAAAAUUUACAGUUCAGUCCACUUAAAUGAAAAGCCUGGAUAAGAGUGUAUCUGCUGGCAAAAAUGUUUCACUGUGCACCUGCCUUUCAUAUUAGAAUUUAUCUUGGUGUGGAACACCCUUAAAUUGUUAACAGCUAAAGAAAUAACUCCCUAACCUCUGUGCUUUGAUUUAUAUUCUAAUGCAAAGGGGACAGUAGCUAAGUAGAGGUCAGUGCCACAGUCAAGUAAUGAUCCCACUCAUAAACCUAAUUCCAAGUUUCCAUUUCAAAACUUUCUGUGGUGAUCUCACGUGACGAGCAUAGACUGUACGUAGGAUUUACUGUUGAAAUACCAAGCUCUCUCAUGUGCUAACUUUGCAAGCUGCUGGAUUCUGGGAUGCUUGUGUAUCUUAAGUAAAAAGGCUUUAGCCCAUGCUCAUAAAUUAAAACAUUCAGACUGCUUGGAUUUUGUUGAAAUACAGAGCCUGGGAUUUGGUGAGUGCAUAGAGGCAACUCUGUUGAUUUUAAUUCUCCGAUAAAAUCCCUUUGAAAUGCAGACCUGAUUUGAGAGACAAACCUGGUCAGAAUAAUGACUUGCUGUUCAGUACUUCUGGGCUCUGUAAUUAAGUGGUCUCCACUGUAUAAACUUCCCAGCAAUAUCUCCCUUACUAUAAGGAACAGAAGGUUGUUCUUGGUUGUCAAUCCGUAGAAUAUUGUGACACCUUUUUCUUUAUUCUCUCAUUUUAGUGACAUCUUGUGAUAGCUUUAUUUCCAUAAUUUAAAGGUAUAGCACAUGUAUUAAAUUUUUGACUAUUUUUACUUCUGUCCUAUUUAUUUCAUUAUUAAAUGGAGACGUUUCUUUGUCA